AUGGCUUACAAGAUCGUAUUUCUCGCCUUCCAGCUGUUCACUCUCACAACAACCCAGAACCUGAGCAGCAAGGAGAUCUCUGGCAAUGUGAAGGAUGAUAUCCUGAACUCUGAUAUCUGCGUUUCCCAAGCAUUUGAAAUGUACAUGGAGGCGUACACUGAUCCAGAGGACAAGCUGGUGUUAGCAUCUACUGGAGCUGGUCCUAACUCUCAUAAGAGAAAUGUAUUUUCACGGAACCUUAACAAAUGCAAAUCUCACAACGAGAAGUUUAAGAAAGGAGAGACAUCCUACCAGUGUACAAUUAACUCCUUCAUUGUUAUGGACACCUCCACAAGGAAACAAUAUUUGGGAUUGAGUCGGAACAUGAGUCUGCUAGAGAGCGGCAAGUAUACCAGACCAGCUGCUCUGCAGUCUUCUGGGUCACUGCAGGCUCUACCAAAUACCUUCGACUGGAACAAAAAAGGGUACGUUACACCAGUUAAGAACCAGGGAGGCUGUGGAAGCUGUUGGAGUUACGGUGCUAUUGGACCGAUAGAGUACGCCUACAAGGCAGCUACAGGAAAACUUCUCUCCUUUUCCGAACAAGAACUCCUCGACUGUACCUAUGAGCAUCUUGGAAGUGAUGAGGACGGCUGUGAAGGUUCCUGGUAUACCUCAGCUUGGGACUUUGUUAUAGAAAAGAACCAUCUCCCAUCUGAAGCUAACUACCCUUACAAAGAGAGGAUGGGGACGUGUUCCUAUGGUUCUCAUUCUAACGAUAUUGCUGGAAAAAUUCAAGUUACAGGUUACACCCAGUCCGCUAAGACAGAAACUGCAGUUUUGACUGAUCUGGUGAACAAGAUGCCGCUAGCUGUUGCCUUCACGGUUGAGGAUAAUUUCUACAGUGUUGGAGAGGGUAUCUACGACGGAUGUAAGGAUCCUACUUAUCCUAAUCAUGCUGUCAUCUUGACAGGAUAUGGUUCGAACUUCUUCGAGAUUAAAAACAGUUGGGGUGCAGAUUGGGGAAUGAACGGGUUCGCUAGAUUCGAAAGAGGAAGGGAUAUUUGUGGAAUUCUCUCAUAUGCCUACUACAUCGAGUAUAACGAUUUGUACGUAAAUGAUGGCGGAAACGGAGGUGACGAUCAAGAGGACGAAGGAGAAAACGAAGAUGAAGAGGAAGAGCAAGCAGAGGUUAAAGAAUGCAAAGAACUCAGCGAUGAAUUAGGUUUGAACUAUCGAGGCACUAAGAGUACAACUAUGUCAGGUCUGCCCUGCCAAAACUGGGAGUCCCAGAGCCCCAACUAUCACUCCCGAACCCCAGAAAACUACCCAGAUACCGGUUUAGAGAGCAACAACUAUUGCCGGAAUCCAGACCACGAAGGAGCAGGUCCGUGGUGCUACAAUUCCCAGUCCACAGAGCCUAGGUGGGAAUACUGCGAUGUUCCGGUUUGUGGAGAAGACGAAGAGGAGGAAAGUGGAACUGAGGGUGGAACUGAUUUGACAAGUACAACAGAAAUGCCAACAGAAAGUGACGAUGAUUGUUUACCAGAUGAUGAUCCCACAGGAGUAAACUACAGAGGUUUUAUCAGUAUGACUGAGUCUGGUUUAAAGUGCCAAAGCUGGAACAGGCAGCGUCCAAACAAGCACUCCUUUAAACCCAGGAGGCACCGAGACAAAGGACUCGACGAGAACUAUUGUCGGAAUCCAGAUGAGGAGUCGGAGAGACCUUGGUGCUACAAUAGUCACGGGGUGAACCCACGAUGGGAGUACUGCACUAUUCCUAAAUGUGAAAAGAAGGGACAGGAUAGUUCUUGUACUGAUGAUCAUGAGUAUUGUGCUAACUGGGCAUACGAAAAUUAUUGUUCCAACUCCGAAUACGAGGAGUUUAUGGUGUCCACCUGCAGAAAAUCCUGUAAAGUGUGCAGAGAAGGAGAGGAAGCAGAGGAAGCAGAAGAGGCAACAGAGAAAACCUGUGUUGACGAAGAGGGUGACUGUCCAACCUGGGCUGAGAGUGGAUACUGUCAAGCUAGCAGCAUUUACAGUGACUACAUGGAGUUGAACUGUGAGAAGAGCUGUGAAAAGUGCGGAGAAGAAGAAGGAGGAGAUAAUGAGGAGUGUGGUGGAGGAUUGACUCGGUGUUCUGACGGAUCUUGUAAACAUGUUCAUAUGUGUUGAAUAAACUCAGUGAUGACAAUGUUCCAUCGUUCUGAUGAAAGUUAAUCGAUACAUCACACCCAAUGGGAUUCAGAUUAUACAUUUAUGUAUAAUCUGAGUUUAUAAACUAAAUAACCAGAUUUCGAGCUUUUAUGAUAUAAUGCAGCAUUAUUUUUGUACUCAUCUGUUAAUUUCCUAAAAUAUAUGUUUUGUUUUUGGAUUAUU